AUGAAGACCGCCGCUGUUGCCUCGGCCCUCUUUGCCGCCGCCGCCUUCGCUCACCCCUUCCGCCUCGGUCGUCGCGACAACCAGCACCAUGCCCGUGCCAUGGUCACCGUGACCGACUGGGUCACCGAGACGGCCUAUGUCACAAAGAUGAUCGACGCCACCACCACCCGCUGGAUCACCCCCGGCGCCUACGCCGAGCCCACGCCUGCUGCCGAGCCCAAGGGCCAGUUCUACGAACCCCCUCCGUCCGCUCCCGAGCCCGAGCCUGCCUCCUCGUCCGCUGCUGUUCCUCCUCCCCCACCGCCGCCGCCGCCCCCUCCGGCGCCUACUUCGGCUGCUCCCUACGUUCCUCCGCCACCGCCUCCGCCUGCGCCCAAGCCCAGCUCCUCGUCCAAGGCCCCUGCUCCGUCGCCACCCCCGCCUCCUCCCCCGGCCCCUGCGCCUGAGCCUGAGCCCGCGCCGUCGACCCCGGCUUACGUGCCUCCUCCUCCCCCGCCGCCCUCGUCUUACCCCGUUCCUGAGCAGGCUGCCGAGGCUGCCUCAGCCGGCGACAGCGGUGCCCAAUCGUUCUCGGGUCAGAUCACCUACUACGAUGUCGGCAUGGGCUCUUGCGGCCAGGACGACUCGGGCAAGGACAACUCGGAGAACAUUGUCGCCAUCUCCAAGGACAAGAUGGGCACCCAGUCUAACGGAAACCCCAUGUGUGGCCAGAAGAUUACCAUCCACGCCAAUGGCAAGACGACGACGGCCACGGUCCGCGACAAGUGCAUGGGCUGCUCCGCCAACAACAUUGACGUCAGCAAGAAGGUCUUCAUGGAGCUCUACGGCAGCCUCGACGGCGGCCGCCUCCCCGUCAAGUGGUCCUUCAACUAA